CGCAAGGCAGACUGAGCUGCUGGCGGCGUACGCGGGACGAGGAGACGGGCGGCAGCGUUAAGUCCCGCGCGCGCACGCAGGCACGCCGCCGCAUCCCCCAGGGCUCAGCUGCUGGCUUCCAGGCCUAGGUGCCCAUGACGCCUAUGCUGACCACUGCCUGGACACCACCGCUGCCCCAAGCUAGCACCACCGCCCGGGCCCCAAUGCCGGUCAUGCCCAUCCCGCGGCGGGUGCGCUCCUUCCACGGCCCGCACACCACCUGCCUGCACGCAGCCUGCGGGCCGGCGCGCACCUCCCGCCUGGCGCGCACUAAGUACAACAACUUCGACGUGUACAUCCGGGCGCGCUGGCUGUACGGCUUCAUCCGCUUCCUGCUCUACUUCAGCUGCAGCCUCUUCACGGCCACGCUGUGGGGCGCGCUGGCCGCGCUCUUCUGCCUGCAGUACCUGGGCGUGCGCGUCCUUCUGCGCUUCCAGCUGAAGCUCUCGGUGCUGCUGCUGCUGCUGGGCCGCCGGCGCGUGGAUUUCCGCCUGCUCAACGAGCUGCUCAUCUACGGCAUCCGAGUGACGGUGCUGCUGGUGGGGGGCCUGGGCUGGUGCUUCAUGGUCUUCGUGGACAUGUGAGGGCCACCGUGGGCCUGGGCUCUGGGGUUUGUUUAUUGCGGCCCUGUUCUGUUCUUGAGGGGGUAGGUCAGGAUUCUGCUCUUUCCAGCCCGUCUUGCGGAUGGGUCUGAAGACCGUCCACCUCUGGCGGUGGGUCUGGGCGCGGUGCUGAGACUGUUCUGCGAAGGGGACGCUGGCGCCCCCUCUGCUGCUGGUUUUCCGCGCCAACCCUCCGUGUGUUCAUGUAGGUACAGCGCCUCACUGGCCACCUGCCCUCACUUUUCCAGGCUGGCCAGGGUGAGGCCCGUUGGCCCCGUCUGCUCUUGGAGAGCCUCUGUGUCCCUCCUCCUGGCCAGCCACACGGCCCCUGCCCCAGCCUUAGGGAAGUGCCGAUGGACCACACCGCCGCGAAGCUGAUCACUGCCCUGGGCCACCCAAGUCCUGGCACAGCUCACGGGCCCUCCGUCUGCCCCCCUGAGUCCCAGGCCAGGCUUCAGGGCCGUGUUGGUUUGCUUAGAUGCAGUCAAGUGGGAGUCACGGGCAGCCUUGGCAGGUUCCCAGAUCAGGGGCCAGCCCGGGGUGCAGGGCAGAUCUGUUUUCCUCUGGGGCAGGUUUGUUGAAAACAUCAAGCUGGAUGCCAUAGUCUCUUCAAGUGUGCAUUUGUGAGGAGGUACCUUAACUCCUUUCUGGCUGGUGGGGGGGAGUGGAGCUUUGGCCUCUCUUCCUCUGAGGGAUGGCUAGAAUUGAAACGUGCGUAUUGGGAGCUGACGCACCACAGCCUCUGUGCGUGCGCCAUGGAAACGUGAGCCAAGCUUCUGUUGAAAGAGCACCUCUUAGGGGUAUGCGUGUGCACUGGGGCGGGCUGCCCCUGUGUUCCCGCCCUGGGGCUCUUGGAGCAGCUGCGGAGUGACAGGCAGAACUGAAUGUGGGGCUGGAAAGAGCAAAGGGCCUGUUGGUCCAGCCGGGGGCCAAUGUCUUGUCCAGACCCUUUGCUUCUCUGUCAGAGGAGGAGAGGGUGGCCCGGUGGCUCAGUAGUCACCAUGGGUCUCCUCGGCAGGUGAGAAGCUGCUUUGAAUAAUUGUGCUGGGACAACAGGCAUAGACCGGGGACAGGACACAGCCCCAUCCUGGGGGUGACAGACCCCCACCUCAUCCCAAGUUGUCCCCACCCCCAUCCCCUGGGCAUGGGCAGUGGUCCCUAUGACCCCGCGUGGCCAGGCAGUCCAGUGGCCAGGGGAGCUGUCAGAAGUUGGUGUCACGGGAAGAAGAACCCAAAUCAAGUAGAAAAAGCAAAGAAAGCUUGGCUGUAAACCAUGGUUUUUUAUUUGUAGCCAGCUUCUAUCCAGUGAUUGUCCACUUGGGGACAGUGGGAAGGCUCCUUGGGCGAAGUUCUUUCUCGCCUUGAGUCUGUCCUAGUUCCCUGGAUGGCAGGCGGGGAGCUGACCUGCGUGGAUCCCCCUUCUCAGCGCCACAGAGAAUCUUUUGCACUAAAUCAUGCUGUUUCCUAAAAGUUUUGUUUUGUGUUAACUCAGAUUCCCCCAAAGCUCCCGUCACUGAGGUGGACACCUGUCCACGCCGUCAGGAUGGCAGGAGGGGUCUGGCCGUGCCACCUUGAAUGUCGUUGCGGCCACGUGAGGAACUGGCACGUUGAACACAAAGAUGCUUGGUGUCUCGAGUGCCUGUUAUAUUCUUUAUGAAAUGAGCCACCUGCAUUAAACUUAUUUUUUUAACACGUUGA